ACCUACUCCGUUCCUCACUUCAUCAAUCAUCAUCUGCUGCUCAAAAACUUGUGCUGCUGCAUCUCUCUCGACUCUAUCAAGGUAAUCAAGUCUCACUUCCCAGCUAGAUCAGUUCUUGUUCUGGAACAAAUUGGCGAACUGAUUUUUUGCUAGAGGAAAAGGAACAAUUUAUUUCCAAUGCUUAAAUUUGUCUGUAAUAGCUGGGAAAAUGGGAAGCUUCAAUACAAGACUACGAGAUUGGCAAUAUAAAAUCUGGUAGAUUUCACAAAAUUAUCAAAUUGUUGAAAAAAAUGAGGUUGAGUUAGCAAUUUUAUAUCUUUAGCGGGGAUUCCCCAUACCCACAGGACCCUUCAUUCCCUGGAUGGGGAAGUUGGGCAUUUGUUGUCCUCCAUAAAAAAUCCCCGUGGUGAUCCCGUACCCGCCAAUGGCGGGGAGGGGCCAUUCCUAAGUAUCUUCCAGAAGUUAUUUGUUUUGGUUCGGUUACAAUGAAUGUUGUCAACUUUCAAUAGCUGCCCCCUUGGACAUGGAAUUGCACUAAGCAGAUGCUUAACAUCCUUGGAGCUAUGAUUGCGUGUCCAGGCCAAUGCAAAUCUGGUCUAAACACACUAAACUACAAGGGACCUAGGCAUAUGCUAUGUGGGAUUUGUCUCGGUGCUGCAUUUUGAGAUUUGAUUCUUGAUUGGUGGUCCAAGUUGGAACUUUACCAAGUAUAUACUAUUUCCGGAAGGCAAUGCUCAUUAAAUCUCUCUGGUUUCUAUGGGUACUGAAACUUAAAUGAUAGGAAAAAAUUCCAUGUAAAGCAAAAGCAGCAACAAGGAAAGCAGAAUAUAAGAAGUUUAUGACAGCAUAAAAUAAAACACAGGUGUCUAGGACCCCUCGUUUCUGAGAAAGAGGACAUUGAAGAGGUAAUCUGCUUAAAGUUUAUGCUCUUAGUCCUUGCCUUGUCUGUGUGUUUUCAGGUUAUAUUUAAGUUAUCCCAAAUUGCAUCUACUUGUAAGAUAAAAUUGGACCCAUGCUUCUGUAACUGAUGAUUUUCUCUUGUCAAAAAAAUUUUCCCUUGAAACUGCACAAGUGUAUCCCUCUGAAUAGAUUCUGAUUCCAAUAAGAUUUUGCAUUUGCC